UUAAUUUUUAAAAAUAAAAAAUAAAAUAAAUAAUAAUAGGUUUAAAUCAUUAUUAUAAAAUAAAAUUAGACACUAUGGGAUUAGAUGAGUACAAAAAAAGAUUAGGGGAAAGAAUUAAAAAAGAAGAGAAGGGCAAAUUUGACAUUUCCUAUCACUCCAUUUUGCACUAUAUAUACACUUGGAUUUCGGACUCCCAAGUCCCACCCACCGGUCAAAGCAAAUAUUUUUUAACAACGACAAAGGCACUCCACGGUACUCCUCCGAUCAACUAUUUCUCCGCCGGGAACUCCUUACUCCGAUGGCUCAGAAGGUUCUUAUCAUCGGAGGAACUGGCUACAUCGGUAAAUUCAUCGUACAAGCCAGCGCCAAAGCUGGUCAUCCUACAUAUGCAUUGAUCCGCAGGUCUUCGCUCGAAAGCCCCGCCAAGAAUCGAAUCCUCAAUCAUUUCAAAAGCUUAGGAGUCAAUUUUCUCUUCGGUGAUCUCUUUGACAAUGAGAGUUUGGUUAAGGCGAUUAAGCAGGUUGAUGUGGUGAUAUCAACCCUUGGUGGCCAUAUGGUUCCCCAUCAACAUAAGAUCCUAUCUGCUAUCAAGCAAGCUGGCAAUGUGAAGAGGUUCUUUCCUUCUGAGUUCGGUAACGAUGCGGAUCAUAUCGAUGCUGUGGAACCAGCGAAAUCUAUGUAUGCUGCAAAGGCUGAAUUUCGUAGGGCUAUUGAAGCUGAGGGAAUCCCACAUACAUUUGUGGUAUGCAAUUUCUUCGAUGGUUACUUUCUUAGCAACUUGUCUCAGCCAGAUGCAAGCGUCCCACCUAGAGACAAAGUCGUUAUCUUAGGAGAUGGAACUCCCAAAGUCAUUUACAACAAGGAAGAAGACGUUGGAACGUACACAAUCCGAGCAAUAGAUGAUCCAAGAACCCUCAACAAGAUCAUGUACCUUAGGCCCCCAGCUAACAUCUACUCAACCAAUGAUCUCGUGUCGCUGUGGGAGAGAAAAAUUGGCAAGAGUCUUAAAAGAAUCUAUGUACCAGAGGAAGAAGUAUUGAAGAAAAUCCGAGAGACUUCAUAUCCACUUAAUAUAGAAUUGGCACUAUGUCACACUGCUCAAGUGAAGGGAUGUCAAACUAAUUUUAGUAUUGAACCAUCUUUUGGAGUUGAAGCUUCAGCAUUGUACCCAGAUGUUCGAUAUACAACUGUAGAAGAAUACCUCGACCAGUUUGUCUAAAGAAAAAGUCUUUUGUUUUUUUGUCUUUUUUUUUUUACUUUUGUCAUUUUGGCAUAAUGGGUGUAAGUCUUAGGCCGUUGGGUGUUAUGAUUCAUGUAUAAUAAGGAAAUGCUCUUAUUUGAAAAUAGAGGUUCUUACAUAAUUCAAAGUUUAGAAUGAGAGUUUGAAGAAAAGUUUAUUCUCGUCCUCCUUUUUCUAUGAUGGGUAAGUGAAACAAAUAUCAAUUUAUACCCUAAACUUUGUAUUGUACCAAUUUUAACUUAAAAUUACCUCUUUAUAGAAUGUGUUAGACAUAUAUUGUGAAUCAA